AUGAUUGACUACGAGCGUCCCUCUCCAUUAGGCUUCGGGCAGGCUGGGAGGAGUGUGUUGGUUCCUGAGCUCCCGGCACACAUACAUACACACACACUGACGGCCAUGCCUCAAAGAUACUCCCACCAGAGGAGGAAAGCCAGCACAGCGGCUGUGAGGAGGAUGGAGAGGAGACGCAGGGAACAGGGGAAAAGCAACAGCAACAACCCAACUAGCAGCCACAACUACCGCUCCAAGAAGCUGGCCAUGCUCUCCAGGUCCCUGAUCCUGUGUCACUCCAAGACUAAUGAUGACGGCGUGGAAGAGAUGAAUGCUAGGGACAUGGCAGAUGGGUGCAGGACGCAGGGUUCAAGCUGGAGGACAGAUGUGACAGCUGGGGUUCAAACAGGGUACAUAGAUACAGAGAAUGGACACUGUAGGACGACCCAGCUAUCAGACCUGGAAAAAAGAGGAGAGAGCAAAGCAGAACAUCACCUCAAUCAUACCAACACACUCAGGGAGAAUAAACGAAGCACGAGGCGAUCCUUCAGCAUCAAGGACAGCAGUAUUUGGAGGAUGUGUGUAGCCACAGGGCCUGCUGAGGACGUAUGUGGACCACAAAUGGCAGAUAACAGUGGGACACAGAACAAAGACACUAAUGUGGAGCCAGGGAGGACUGGAGGGAACCUACACAGAGGCUGCAGCUUGCCGAGCCCAGACAAGCUGGCACCCUUUAACGGACACUUUCUAAGUGGCAGUGCUUGGAUGGAAGGGGAGCCAGUGAGGAGUGUUCACAUUAAACCCUACAGUGAGGACAUUUCUACACAUGAAGACCAUGUCCAUUCACUGACUAAGAGCCAACAGCACCCGGCUCUCAUUUCCCCAUCAGACCCAAAAUCAUUGCCUGGGUACACAGAUGAAGAACUUGUAGCCAACAACAACCCCCUCAAGUUACCCAUCCCAGAGGUUAAUGAGGAGAAAUGCUGGGGAACAGAGAAGAAUGAGCAGAGCCCACCAGGACAAACAGCCAGCAACAUGACUCGGCCAAAUUCAACCUGUGUCCAGCCAUACUGGAUCGGGGAUUUGGACAGCAUCAUCAUGAAGACCCCGGAGCUGUACAGCUAUCAUCCUCAUGGGAGUAGUGGAAUAUAUGGAAACAGGAAGUCUUUAUCCCAGCAGCUGGAGUUUCCUCACACCACCACACAGCCUGUGCACCGUCCCUCCCGCUCUCUCAGCUCUGCCCAGCUGGUACACUCCUGCAGCAACGUGCAACAAGCCUUCAUUAUCUGUAAUAUAGUGCUGAUGAAGGGCCACGGCAAGGGUCUUGGAUUCAGUAUUGUGGGCGGGAGGGACAGCAUGUAUGGACCAAUGGGAAUCUAUGUGAAAACCAUUUUCCGUGGAGGAGCAGCCGCUGCUGAUGGAAGGCUUCAGGAGGGUGAUGAGAUCCUGGAGCUGAAUGGAGAGUCUCUUCCUGGUUUGACUCAUGAUGAGGCCCUGCACAAGUUCAAACAAAUUAAAAAGGGUAUGCUGUCUCUCGUGGUGAGGACCAGCCUACGUGUCGGGGCCCUGUGUGGUCAAGCGCAGGUGGCUCAGCUGUGCAGGUCGCGCUCCCUGAGCUCCACCACUGGCAUGGCCAGGGUCAGUGCUGACAUGGGAGACUUCAACUACCUCAACAACACCUGCAGCAACACACUGAGUGUCCCCGGUCAGCCUGCUAAACCCAGGGACCGCAUCAUGAUGGAGAUCAUCCUGCACAAAGAGGCUGGUGUUGGUCUGGGUAUUGGACUUUGCUGUGUUCCAUCUGGUGAUGGAUGUCCAGGGAUCUACAUCCACACCCUCUCUCCUGGAUCUGUAGCACACAUGGAUGGUCGACUCCGGUGCGGAGAUGAGAUCAUGGAGAUCAACGACACUGUGGUUUACAACAUGGCGCUGAAUGACGUCUACACAGUCCUGAGCCAAUGCACACCAGGUCCAGUCCACAUCAUCAUCAGUCGCCACCCCGACCCCAAAGUAUCAGAGCAGCAACUGACUGAUGCCAUCACUCUAGCAGUGGAAAGCAGCAAACUGAGGAAGGAUAAGAGCCAGUGGAGUAUUGAUGGGCUGCGCAGACUGGAGUCUUGCUCUCACAGUCGGCAGAGGUGUGAGCAUUGUCUAGAGAGGAGUUUCAGUCAGGUGACGGUUCGACGAGCACAGAAGACCAUGACCCGCUCCUGUAGUGAUAACACCAACAGCCACCACUACAACCGCUGUCUCAACAUGCACAACCUUCACAACACACACCAUCAGCCAUCAUCACGUGUCCACAGCCUGGACACACCGAAGUCUGUAACAGACACGUGGUUGGACAACAGACUGUCUGUGCCCAUGUAUCCUGAAGAGGACUAUAAUAUCCCAUACAACUCUCCUCCUGCCAAUAACUCCAGUCAGCAGGCCCUGGAUCUGGCCUUCAGGGGCAGCAAGUCUAACUGCAGCAUGCGUGCUAUUCCACGUCGGUACUGUUGGCCUCAGGAUGUGACCAGCGAGGAGGGCUACAAUGGAGACUCCAGUGGUUCUAGUCGAGGAUCUCCAGUUAGAGACGAAGGACUGGAGUAUUCAUCACACACCAGCUGCCAGCUCUUCAGCAGUAUAUACAAAGCCUUGCAAAAGAUCCUGAGGUUACUCUUCAGGAAUCAGGAAGGAGAGCGAAUAAGAGAACAGUUAGAGGGGAGCAAAGACGACUUCACUCAUUCAGACACUGCUGCCUGCACCGACGACAGUCAACACAUAGAGGAUUCAUCAGCAGUGCUCUGCUCAGAGCCAAAACGAGGAGCUCUGAGGAGGCAGGCUCGUAUUGAACAACGCUCCCAAGAGCAGCUUCAGGAUCCUUGGAUUCGCCUUUCAGACACAUCCCCUGAAAAACUGUCCGAGACCCACUGCCAACACCUAGCUGACCGCACAAGGGCCAUCGACCUCAAGUCUUCCACCAUGAGCGAUGAAGAGAGCCCCGCUAAGCUCAAUGGUACAAUCACAGAUGUGACUUCAGAUCCUCAGUCCAAUAUGACCCCUGAAAACACAUGUGAAACUCCAGAAUCAAAGAGGGGGCCCCCGGUGGCACCCAAGCCCACCUGGUUUCGCCAGAGUCUGAGGAAAAUUCGAGAUGAGAAGGACCAGAAGAAGCAGGUUAAACCCGCAGAGCAGAGGCCUGCUGUGGGUUUCAGCAGAAGCUUUGCAAUCAGAUCUGCCUCAUCUGCAGUGUCAAUCAAACAAAAGAUCCACUCAUUUGAGACUUUUUCCAGUCCAGAGAGUCCAGAAAAGGGGGGGCAUAGGAGGCCUGUGUCACCUUCCAGCUCCCUUCCUCUGAUGGAGAAGGAGGCCCGGAGGGACCAUGCCUCACUUGAAGACUUUGGGAACCGCAAACAUGGAAUCACCAAAGAGAUCCAGUCAAACCAAACUACAUGUGUUCAGGAGACAGAACACACUGUCUCCACGUCCCCCUCUGCUGUCACCUCCUCCUCUUCUCAAGCUUGUCUUCAAACAACAGAAAAGUCCUGGGAAGAUGAAUCUCCCUCUGUCCAGACAGAGACAGAUCUCCCACUCAUUGACUCCAUCAGCACUGAUCUGGACCCGGGGAUGAAUGAUUCACAUUCCCCACCAGCUCAUGAUGACAGCAAUGUCUCACCAUCCAAACAGUUGUCUGAGCUAGAGAGAGUGGAUCUCAGCGAUGUCCUAACCCCGGUGACACCCAUUAGAUCCAAUCAAGAAGAUGGGGAAAGUCCUCCAGAGGGUACGGAGGGGGGUGCAGCACUGACCCAAGAAAAAAAGCUGAGCACAAGUCUGAGUGCUGGUCUCCCUACAGACAGUACCUCCUUGAGAGGCCUGGAGGCAGAGAAUUUAGGAAAAAUUCUCGCCUUCAGUAACCAGGUUUCACAAGCAUUGAUGCGUUCUCUUCCCAUGUACACCGGCUCUAGUGACCCUCGCUCCCCAAACCUGCAGGACCCCUCAUCAGUGGAUACUACAAACCCUGGGUGUGAUAUUGCUCCUGCAGUGGACAGCAGCGACAGAGGCUUCUCUGUCAGCUUGGCCACACUGAGAGAGUGCACCAUUGAGCGAGAGGAGGGGGGAUCUCAUGUUGAAGCAGGAGUCACUUCUGCUUCUGCUCAUACCGUCAUCUCAGCCAUCUCUUCCCAGGAAAUACAGAGGAUGAUCCAGGAAGUCACAAUUCUGGAUCAAGAGACGCUGAAGCAACUGGUGGACAUCCAUGUUGUGAUUCUACAUAAAGAGGAGGGAGAAGGUCUGGGAUUCAGCAUCGCUGGCGGCUGUGACCUGGAGACCAAAGCUCUGACAGUACACAAAGUGUUUCCAAGCGGCCUGGCGGCUCAGGAGGGCACCAUUCAGAAAGGAGAUGAGGUGUUGUCCAUAAACGGACAAACACUGCAGGGCGUCACACAUGCCGAGGCCACCGCUGCUAUGCGUCAGGCCCGGAAUCUGAAGUUGGCUGUGGUGGUCAUUUGCAAGAGAGCAGAGGAGGGAGGCAGAGAGGGGGGAGGCUGCAAGAGCGAAGAACCGAACCCUUCAGUGGAGGAGCAGAAGGCUCCGGUGAGGGUGGAGCUGGACAAAGGAGCUGGAGGAGUUGGUUUUACUCUGGAGGGAGGAAAAGGCUCGAUCCAUGGAGACAGGCCUUUAGUCAUCAACAGGAUCUUUACAGGUGGAGCUGCAGAGCAGAGCAGUCUGCAGUGUGGAGAUGAACUGCUGCAGGUGCAGGGAGGCAGUCUGCAGGACAUGACAAGGUUCGAGGCCUGGAACAUGAUCAAGGCUUUACCCGAGGGACCAAUCACAUUGGUCAUCAGGAGGCGAGAGCAACAGGGAGCGCCAGAAUGAGACAAACUGUGGCUGCAGAGAGCUGCUCGAAAAGGAUAAGAAAACAUCGGAACUUGGGACACACCAAUGUUGGCCUUCUAACAAACUCCUAGAAAUCAGGUAUAAAUGUGGUCCACCUUUAUUUUUGUGUUAAGAGUUUUACUUUUUACCUUCAGUAGACAAUCACUUGAUGAUAGCUCGGAGCCUGGCCAGUGUCAUGCUCGCAAGUAAAUAAAUUAGGUGCACAACACAAUGACUUACUGCAUGAAAUCCAAACAGCUCAUUUAGAUCAGACCGCCAAUGUUAUUAUUAGGGCUCACUGUGUUAGGCUACACUGUGGUGAAUGUGUAGCUUCUUGCUUGAUUGCACUCUAUGCUGGCCAGUAUAGUAUUUCUGAAACAACAUCCAAUGUUGCAUCACAACUGCACAAAAACUGCACUGUCAGGACUAAGUAAAUAGAUGUGAUGAUAACACACAAUAUCAAAUGAAGGAAUCCCUUUACAGAUCCAAACACAGCUGGUAGCCUCCACUCUUGGGAUGCUCCUAAGUGACAACACCCAAGUGAACACAACAAACGUCAGCUUUAGUUCCUACUGCUGCAGCAACGUGACACUGUGUAAUUGAAAGAUUAGAUUCAUCAGUUGUCCUAUCAUUACACAUAAACAUGUUUGAGGCUAUUGAUGCCAUGUCCUGCAUCGUGUAAACAAGUUAAAUCAUUCCAGAGCACAACACUUUGUAUUAUUGAUUCAAAAGUCAUGAUUUAUCUUUACGCCUAAAAUGUAGGAGACUAAAAGGCUGUUUAUUUACUCAUGUUCACAAGAUGGUGACAACUUUUUUCUUAAUAUACAGUAUGAUACAUUAGAGUCAGCCAAAAGUAUGACAAAGAGGUGACAGUAUCUGAUCUGUCCAUCACAGUAUUAAUUAACAAGCUACCGAUCAGGCCUAACCAGCCGCCUCUGUCAUCUGCUUCAUAUUUCUGUCUGAUUAGGAGAUAAAUACAGGAGAAAGUCUGUGCUGCUGUUGUACUGAUGAAAAUGGACAUGCCAUUCAUUAGGUCUCGUCCUUAUUGUUGUCUUUAAUUAAAGAAAUAACAAAUAUGUUAUCAAACAUAUUAAGAGAAUCGUACAGAUUGAAAAUGUUUCUUUUUUCUGCAGUGGUACUGUAUGUAGGGGAGAGCGGGGUAAUGUGAGAAAUUUUUUACAUUUGCUAACCUCUAGGCGAGCUAAAAUUAUAUAUCAGUAAAAUGUACACAUUUUCCAUUAUUUCAGGAUGUUUCCUAGCAAUGGAAAUGAUCAGAAUGUCUUCACGACAAAGGGCAGUGAAAAUAUGAUUGAGCUACGGGGUAAAGUGAGACAGACCAGAGAAAUCAAGGGGGUAAAGCAAUCCACUUACUUAUUCCAAUUUAAAACUACCAUAACAACACAUGUUGUAAUAGUUAAAAUCCUGACAGCUAGAGUGACAACCACACAUUCCAAAACUAAUAUCGGACUAGUAACCGAAUCAUGGGGAUUGGUCAAUUAAGCACAUUAUGAUUAUUAUGAUUCAUGUGAUCUCUCAUGUGCACACCCUAGCUUACCUGCAUAUUGUUUCUCUGUCCAAUUGGCAGGGACAGGGAUAUUGUUUUUCUCUGCGUAUUCAAAUGCCAGUUCACAGCACUUAACUGGAGCAAGGCCAUGGAUAUGGUCAGCUAGUUGUUUCAAGUGUUUGGCAAGCUCCUCCUCCAUCUCAUCUGUGAAUAUUCUCUUUACCUCAGCUACUGCACCCCAGGCUACUGAUUUUACUUACCUUUUCUCUUUUUUCUUUAUGAAUCUUUUGAGGGUUUUCUUGUCAAUAUUUCUAUCCCUUCCAGCUUUUCUUAAGGACUUAUAUCCUUGCAUGACCUCAGCGGCUGCACUCUCCAUCUCUGCGAGGGGUGUUUGGCCCCAUUUUUGUGAAAAAACAUACUUUCCACUCCACCAGCACCAACUUCUCCUUCAUGGCACGGGGGAUUGGGAGGGGCUUGAAAACAUAAUUGUCACAUGACCAAAAAUGUGUUCCGUUGCUUAGAUACAGGGGGUGUCUCACAUUACCCGAUGUCUCACAUUACCCCGCUCUCCUUUAUGAUGAAGCUCUGUGGAGCGUUUUUUUUGAUUCAGUACCUCAGUUUGACAGCCAUUUACAAAAUGAUGAGUCAGACCAAACUCAGCAGGAAAGUUUCAGUUGUGUGUCUGUGUUCAGUCCUCAGUGCUCAUUGAUGCACAGGGAAAAAAUAUUUGAAUUGACUCAAUCUCCUCUGUGUUCAUUGAAUGUAUUCAUGAUCCACAAUAAAAAAAAGUGCACAAUAUUCAGACUGAUGCUGUGAGCAAGUGAUCAAUGGGUUGAGAGUGCAGAGCAAGGACUUUGACAGAUGUCAAGUUUUUGUUUCUUUUCUCAGAGGAAUGUAUUCAUGGCAAUGGUAAAAACUAUUUUUCUAUAAAUUGUAAGUGUUGUCCAUGCAACAUUUCUCCAUGCUUAAAAUUAACCCAUUGUUCAGUCAGGACUGAUACACAAACAUGAUGCCUUAAUGUGUACGUAUGCAAGCCAUGAGAAACCAAAGAUCGCUAUUUACAAAGGUGAUAUUUAUAGAUGAGUCAUAUCUGCGAUAACAAAUUAAAAAUAAGUUGUAUACAUUUCACAACGUUUCCUUUUCUGUUGGCAUAUUAAAUGGUUUCACAAGUG